CAGGAGUCUUGUUGGUAAGAAACGUGUAUUCUUGAAUAGAAAAUAAAACCCCAUCCCAUUGCACUCUUGUCCAAUCAUAGUUUAGACUCUAGAUCUAGCAGAUGCUGAUUAAAUUAACCAGACAAGUGUUACCUCAAAUCCAUAAUUUAUCAAAAGCACUUUUAGUCACCUCAGCGUCAGGAAGAAAUAAUUUUCAGUUGAAACAACGAAAUUUAAUGAUGGCGUCUGCUGCUGACUUUGAGAGAAUAGAUGGUAAAGCAGCAUUAGCUGAAAAAAUUCUGGCAGACCUGCAAAGUCAAAUUGAAGCUAUUAGGAAAGCUGCAAUUCAAAGUGCUGGCCUAGAAGAAGAAAAACAGCUUAUCAAGGAAAAUGAAGAGUUGAGAAAAGAAAUUGAAUCUGUAAAAACUGCAUUGUUUUUGGCUGAAGUAGGAAAUGGAGUUCGCCAAGUACAGCUACCAACUAAAGCCGCACUGUCAGCAUUCUCAACACAAAAACUCAAUACAUCUGAUUCUGUUAAGGUGACAAACCAAGUUAAACAGGAGUCUGUCCCACAGAGCUCACAGCAAGCAACUGAAAAGAAAAUUGAGGACUCUGGAAAGAAGACAAAGCAAAAAGAAUCCAAUAGUGGAGAACCUGUAAAUAAUAAGAAGGCCAAAAAAGAAAAAAUAGAAAAUGUUGAAGAAAGUAAAAAUGCUGGUGACACCAGUUUGAAAAAGAAAGCCAACGCAGAUAAUGAUAGCGGUGAUGGGACUGUAGAUGUCUCUCGAUUGGAUCUGCGUAUUGGUAAAAUUGUCUCUGUUGAAAAACACCCUGAUGCUGAUUCUUUGUAUGUGGAGAAAGUUGAUGUAGGUGAAGGUCAUCAUCGUACAGUUGUUAGCGGCUUAGUGAAACAUGUUCCAAUUAAUGCAAUGAAGGAUCGUAUUGCAGUAUUUAUGUGUAACUUAAAACCAGCCAAAAUGAGAGGAGUUCUUUCAGAAGGGAUGAUCAUGUGUGCAUCUGGUGCAGAGAAAACUGAAAUUUUAGUUCCCCCAACAGAUUCUGUCAUUGGGGACAGAGUGACUUGUGAGGAAUAUCCAGGUACACCUGAUGUGCAGCUGAAUCCAAAGAAGAAAAUUUGGGAAACAUUAAAACCAGAUGUAAGAACCAAUGCAGACAGAGUGGCCACCUACAAAGGUGCUCCUCUAUUAAUAAAAGGAAAGGGUGUAAUAGUAGCUCCUACUUUAGCCAACACACAGAUUUCAUAAAAAGUUUUUUUUUUUUAGAAUAGUUGUUUCAGCAUUACAUAUUGGCUUAGUGUAAAUGAACAUUCAUUGUUUUUUUUACCUAUUCCAUGGCUGUAUUAUAAAGACGCUAGUAAAAAUUUAGUUUAGUUAAUUAAGGACUGACAGUUGAAAGUGUCCAGUACUUUUUCUUCAUUUUCAUAGAAAUUUAAAAUUGUGCAUAUUUGUAGAAAAUAUUUUGUCAUUUUAAAAUAAAAAUAAUUGUAACCUGAUCAAUGCAACUUUGAAAAUAUUGACUGAAUGUCUAUGUGGAAGCAGUAGAGCAUGUAGCUUGAGCUAAUUGAAAAGUCAACUCCAUACUGUUACAUUUAGCAAAGAGUCAAGUGUUAAUUAGUUAUAAGGUCACCAUUCUCAGAAUCCAGCUGCUAUCAAAGGAUGUUCUUUUUGAGUCCAAUAUAAAUGAAGUAAUGAUAUAAUGAAAUAAAUAGUUGCAAAAAUUAUCCACAGAAUUGAAUGUUUUUGUUUUUUUUAAAUCCGUUAUUCCAUAAAUCCCCUUCAUGAUCAUGUACACAUGUCAAAGCUUUUUUUCUCUCUAUCCUUCUACAAACACCAACAUGGCCAAAUUUUUCUCACAUCAAAAACUUUAAAAUUGGAAAAUACUGAUUUACAUUGAUUCUAAAAUGUUAAUCUGGGAAAGGGAGGGGAUGAUACAGGUUUCAAACACAACCUUUAAAAAAUGUUAGUAAAAAUAACAGACUACCUGAUCAUUGGUGUUAGAAAUGAUUUAUAUGUAUAUGUACUGGUAUUUUGGUAUUUAUUACUCAAUUCACAAGCUAAACUCACUUUGUAUCAUUUUGUAGGCCAUUUAUGAAUUACAGGUAUAUGCUAUAUUGCCUUCCUUAUGUGAAUUGUUAGUUUAUAUAUACUAUACUGUUGAUGAUUUGCUGUGUUGUUUUAAAUAAAAGAUCAUAUUGUC